CAUGCAUGGGCUUGUACUUGUAGGGUAAGUCAGGUUAGGAAAAGGAAGCCUGGGCAACUAAGGAUCAGAGUGUGUUGUUGAGCAUAUAUUCCCACAACAACUUGAAGUUAGGAAAUACAUUUCAGUCUUUCUUGGCAACAGGAAUCACAUGAAGGAACUGGCUUCCAGAGGACACCACUGUCUGAUCUGAUACCUGGUAUUCAAUCAAGAGCCAACAUCUAACUAAAAUGGCUCCCGUUGAUGAUGUAAUGGCAUGGGGAGAGUCACUGGACCAGCUUCUGGAGUGUAAAACAGGCCAGCUGGUGUUUGAGGAAUUCUUGAGGACAGAAUACAGUGAGGAGAAUCUUCUCUUUUGGCUGGCCUGCGAGGACUUCAAGAAAAUUACCAGCGAGACAGAAAUGACGGUUGCUGCCAAAAGGAUCUACACAGAGUUUGUCCAAGUUGAUGCUCUGAGACAGAUAAACAUUGACUGUGUGACGAGAGAAGAAAUCAGUGAAAAUCUCUCUCAGCCGGGGCCAAAUUGCUUCGACAGGGCGCAGAGACUGAUAUACAGUUUGAUGGAAAACGACUGUUAUCCGCGAUUUCUGAAAUCAGAAAUCUACCAAACUCUCCUGGAACAGGCUGAACAGCAAUGAAAGCAACAUAAAGAAAUAAAGGUCUGCCGACGCCUCUCUGAAUGAUUGAUUCUGCACUUCAGCUGACUCUCCUUAAAAUUUCAGUUUAAACAAAAAGGCUUGUCUGUCAGGGGAAGCAGAAGUGAAAAGAGAUACUGAGCUGUCGGUAGGGGGACUGACAGGAUCUAAAAGCCAAACAUGAUCUAAAUAAUGUAUUAAGCAGCUUUUGAAGUCAGUUUUUGCUUGGACUGCCCUAUAUCGCACAAAUAAAGGCUUGUAAUUCAGUCAAAGGCUCCCAUCAAGUUUUGAAGGUUGACAUUUGUUCAAAAAGACAAGUAUCAAGGGAAAAAUGUUUAUAAUUUGUGCGCACAAAUUAGUCAUCCGUACCCUUGAAUUAUUCACAGCAUGAUAUAUUUAGUUUCUGAAGAGCUCAUUUUCAGAUCAUUGUGUCCUGUCUUAUAGAAACUAAUAGAAAAUAUAUAUGAAUAUUGUCACAUGCUUCAUGAGACAUGUUAUGUUUUUAUAGCCCAGUUAUGCAUUAAAAGUGUGAUAUCACUA